AUAUAUAUAUAAUUCAUAUUGCAGUCAUCACAAUUAAUUAAUUAACUAGUGUACGUAUAGUAUUGCCGUCAAUUGAUCAUUAUAUUUAUUGGCUAAUUAAUUUAAUCAACAUGGGUUUGGUGAUGAGCCUCAUGGGAAAAGGGUUUCAAACAACGCAGUUGACGAGUUUGGCAUUGGGAACACUGUACACACGCUUUUACGACAAAGAUGUGAAGAGCUUUCAGGAUUUCCACCUCGCAAUUCUUGAUAUUUUCAACAACGUGAAUGGCGCAUUGCCCGGAAAACACUAUAAUGUGCCAACGGUGAAGGAGAUCCAAGCAUGUUUUGAAGAGUGGAAAGGUAGAGAUGAUGAGCUAGCCAAGAAGACAGUGUUCAUAGAUUUCAUGAAGACAAGGGUGAACCUUAGCAAGAUGGAUGACACAACGCUCAUCACCGGACUGGUGACUCCGCCGGUGGCCAUGGCGGCCAAGAGGGGGGGAGAAAGCGUCCCCCAGCUCAAACUCAUUAAAGCCAUCCCCGAUGUUUUGUUCGUACCAUCCGCCACCAUUCUCGCUCUCGUCUCCGUUAAGCUCUCCCGAAAGAUGUUCCUCGGAAAUGACGCCUCAUCAUAAUUACUACAUCCAUCCACAAAAUAACUUCUCACUUUGUUUAUUCGGAUAUCCCAAACUUUUUAAUAUAAAAUACCAAAAUUAACCUUACUGUUUACUUACCUUCUACUUGAUUUGAUAUAAAGCAAUAAGGGCGUCAUCGGAAAGUCGACCCAUCACUCUAACUUUUCACUAAAUGUAUUUAAGUCCGUUAAUGAUAGAAUAUUGUAUAAAUCUUUUUAUUAUACUUUGCAUAUAUUUAUGGUUAGAAUUUAUACUGUAAAUCGGUAUAUUUUAGGUCCUGACAUGUUGUAAUGACUAUAUAAGCAAUUCAAUGAAAAAGUGGAAAUCAUUCGUUCCCA